AGACUUCCCAGUCUUGGGUCCAUGAUGUACGCACCAGUUGAAUUUUCAGAAACUGAAUACCCACGAAUUGAGUACCAAAGAAGAGAGCAACAAUUUUGGGACCCUAUUCGACUCUCUCUGUUUACGUUGGCAAUUGUAGCAAUCAUAGGAAUCACAAUCGGCAUUGUCACUCAUUUCGUUGUUGAAGAUGAUAAGUCAUUCUAUUACCUCGCCUCUUUUCAAGUCACAAACAUCAAAUACAAAGAAAAUUAUGGGGUGAGGUCAUCAAGAGAGUUUAUAGAAAGAAGUCAUCAGAUUGAGAGAAUGAUGUCUAGGAUAUUCCGACGUUCUUCAGGAGUAGGUAGAUUCAUCAAGUCCCAUGUUAUCAAGAUAAGUCCAGAUGAACAGGGCGUGAACAUUCUUAUGGUGCUAAUGUUUCGAUACCCAUCUACUGAUAGUGCUGAACGAAUCAAGAAAAAAAUUGAAAGGACCUUAUACCAAGGUCUGAAGAUCAAACAGUUGCCUCUGACUAUAAAUAAACCAUCAUUUAGCCUCACACCUAUUGACAGCAGAAAGAUGAGAAAUCUCCUCAAUAGUCGAUGUGGGAUAAGGAUGUCAUCUUCAAACAUGCCAUUGCCAGCAUCCUCUACUACUGAGCGAAUUGUCCAAGGAAGGGAAACAGCUAUGGAAGGAGAAUGGCCAUGGCAAGCCAGCCUCCAACUCAUAGGGGCUGGCCAUCAGUGUGGAGCCACCCUCAUUAGCAACACAUGGCUCCUGACUGCAGCUCACUGCUUCUGGAAAAACAGAGACCCAAGUAAAUGGAUUGCUACUUUUGGUACAACUAUAACACCACCGGCCGUGAAGCGAAGUGUUGGCAAGAUUAUCAUUCAUGAAGAUUACCACAGAGAAAGCAAUGAAAAUGACAUUGCUCUAGCCCAGCUCACUACCCGCGUAGAGUUUUCAAACGUGGUUCAAAGAGUCUGCCUCCCAGAUGCAUCUAUGAAACUGCCACCGAAAACAAGUGUGUUUGUCACAGGGUUCGGGUCUAUUGUAGAUGAUGGGCCUACACAAAAUAAACUCCGGCAAGCCAGGGUGGAAACCAUAGGCACUGAUGUGUGUAACAGAAAGGAAGUGUAUGACGGCCUGAUAACUCCGGGGAUGCUGUGCGCUGGAUUCAUGGAAGGAAAAGUAGAUGCAUGUAAGGGUGAUUCUGGUGGACCUCUGGUUUAUGACAAUCGGGACAUCUGGUACAUUGUGGGCAUAGUAAGUUGGGGACAAUCUUGUGCUCUUCCAAACAAGCCUGGAGUCUACACAAGAGUGACUAAGUACCGAGACUGGAUAACCUCCAAGACUGGCAUCUAG